CCCAAAGUCCAUCCAUCGGCCUUUCCGUCUCCACAAGCUUCUCCUCUCUCCUCUGUCGUCUCUCUCUUCAUCCCUUCCUUGACUCCAUCUCUCUCCACACACGAAAAGCUCCAAGCUCUCUCUCUCUCUGCUCGCGGGAGAAGAAAGCUGGUAGAGUUUGUCGGGGGUCUAGCAAGUAACCAGGUGCCAAGCAAUCGAGUUCUUGGAGGCAGCGGAGGGCCGGUCUCCAUGGCGCAGCGGGGCGAGCUGGGGCGGCAGCUCCCGCUGAGAGGCCCUCUGAAGGCCCUAGAGGCCGACAUCCACCAUGCCAAUGCCAUGGCAGAUGCCAUUCAGAGGAACUACGGUGGAGCAUGUGUGCAGAUGAGACUGUCGUUCAGCUCCCUGGCUCCAUUCUUUCUUUACCUCAUCCAAUGGUUGGAUUGCGGGUGCUGCUAUGCUCUUCCCAGUUAUUUAGGACUGUUUCACAUCCUCAUAUGCAAGGUUUAUGCUGAUGGAGAUAACUCAGUGUCAACAUACGAGAGGAGGGCAAGCCUUAGGGAAUUCUAUGCAAUCAUCUACCCUAUUCUGCAACAGCUUGAGGGUAGUUUGAUCGAGCGGGACCUGAAAGGGAAGGGUCGAUGCAAAGACAUAGUGAGUAGGAGGCGGAUGGAGGAUUGGAGGAAGCUUUGCAGCAAGGAUGUGGAAAGGGAGGAUGAAUGCGGGAUUUGCAUGGAGACAUGCACCAAGAUGGUCCUGCCUAAUUGCAGCCAUGCAAUGUGCAUAAAAUGCUACAGGGACUGGUAUAAAAGAUCAGAAUCUUGCCCUUUCUGCCGAGGGAGCCUCAAAAGGAUUCGCUCAAGAGACCUUUGGGUGCUUACAAACUACAAUGAUGUCAUUGACCCUGCAAAUUUAGAAAGAGAAAAUGUGAGGCAUUUUUAUAGUUAUAUUGACAGCUUACCCCUUAUACUUCCGGAUAAUAUUUUCUUUUUCUAUUAUGAUUAUGUACUCUAACUUGGAAGCACCACAGAUUGAGCGUGUAAAUUGUGAUAGCAGAUGAAACUCCUGUUGAUUUUCUUUGGUA